AUGUCGGCAGAUUGCUAUGUUGGCGCCACAACGGGUGCUUUUAAAUGUGAGUUUUUUUUUGUUUUUUAUUGCUUCUGUUUUUAGUGAUCAACCUGAAAGAAGAGCGGUUCACAAAUGCCCAGCCAUUGGAGAAACUAAAACCAAAAGAACAUGGAAUUGUCGGAAUGUGCUUUGUCGAUAAUUCGCAGGUAAAAUUACUUUCGUUUUUUUUUUGAAUUUAGGAAUUGACUUGAUCAAAAUCGUCAGAAGAUUUAAUGAUUUUCAAUUUCAGACCGAAGUUUUGACCCUUCAGAAGAAUGGAGAUGUGAAUUUCUACAAUACAGUAACCGGAGACUACACCAAAUUGUUUGAAACGGAAAACACAGAGGCUGGAGGACCAGCGAAAGCCAUUCAGUUGACAGUAAAGUAGGUUUUAAGUUUAAGAAAAUUAUUUUUUUGUUUUUAGUGAUCGAAUCGUGGUCGCGCAUGAAAACGGUCAUGUCCAGAUUUACAAUCAAGAGGGAAGCCCUCAAAUCGGCGAUGGAUUCGAAGCCGGCGCUAAUCUGAACUUCUUGAUCACCGAUCCGAAUAAUCGAGAAGUCGCCUUAACUGGAGGGAAAGAAAAUACUUUGAAAUUGUGGGAUUUGGAGAGGAAAGCCACACUCUGGAGCAUGAAAAAUGUAGGUGGGGGAGUGAAUAAGUGGUUUUGGGUUUAAAAAAUAAAAAAAAAUUAUUAUUUUUUUUUUUUUUUUGAUUUUUUUAAACUUUUUUAAUAUUUGAGGGGUUUUUCAGCUAAAAGACGACUACCUAAGCUUAAGAAUUCCAAUAUGGGAAGCGAAUGGUCGUUUCGUCAAGGACUCGAAGUUAAUUUGCACAACAACAGGCCACCAUCAAGUAAAUUUUUUGAGAAAAAUAGAUUUUUUUUGUCUUUUUUUCUGAUGAUAAUCUGGAGUUUGAUACUAAAUUGAACUUACAGAUACGACUGUUUGAUCCGAAAAGACAAAGGAAGCCCGUAAUUUCCCUGGAUUGGCAUGAAAAUCCAAUCAGAGCGAUCUCGACUUGCCAUAGAGAGGAGCACGUGAUUGCUGGAAAUAAUUGCGGCGAAUUGGCGCUGUUUGAUCUGAGAGGGAAAAGUAAGUGAGAGUGAAAGGGUCAUUGGAGGGUAUUUAGCCAUCUUUUUAUAUUGUAGUAGGCAUAAUUUUUUAUUUAUUUAUUUUUUUUUUUGAUUUUUUUAAGUUUAAUUACGUAAUCGAUUUCGACACAUGCCUAGGACAGUAUAUUACAAAAAAGGAAUCAAUUUUUAAGCUACUUUAUAAUUAAUCGAAAAAAUUAUCCAAUUUUGUACUUAAGACAGCCCAAAACUAUAUAAAUUGUCAUUGGAACUUUGGCUAAAAAAUAUUUCUGGCGUGGAAAAACGGAAUCGAUGGCACUAGUUUCGAAAAUGACAUUCAUUUCUUUUGUAUUUGGCUUAAGUAGUGCUGUAAAGUUGUAAUUUUUUUGAUUUUUUCACAAUCGAUCUAGUGGUUUUCGGUAGUGUUGAUUUCUGAUUUUGAAAUCAGCACCAUCGGAAACCCCUAAAUCGAGUAUUUGUUAAAAAAUCAAAAAAUUACUAACUUUGCAGCACUAAUUACGCAAAAUAGUACGGAGUUGGACGAUUGGGGAAAAAGACGAUUGGGGAAAAGUACGAUUGGGGAAACCGAAAAGUAUUAUUUUUCUUCCAUGCAAAUGUCGAAGUUAGGAGAAUCGAGGGUGCUCAUUUCGAAAAUGACAUUCAUUUUUUUGAUUCUUACUUUUUUCCUUAAGUAGUACUGUAAAGUAGUAAUUUUUGAUUUUUUUUCAUAAAUACUCGAUUUAGGGGUUUUCGAGGGUGCUGAUUUUGAAAAUCAUGUAAAUUUUUCCUCUAGUACUACAUAGUACUAUUCUGAUACUAUAUAGUACGAAGUGAAAAUAUGGCUUUUGACGUUAAUGGUGUUGUUUUGAUGCUUAGUACUCUUCAAAAACACGUUUUAAAGACUUGGUGCUAUAUAGUACUGUCUGAUACUAUGUAGUACGAAGUAAAAAUAGGCGUACUAAGCACCAGAACAACACCACGAACGCCUAAAGGCCAACUUUACACCUCGUACUACAUAGUAUCAGGUAGUACUAUAUAGCACCAGGUCUUUAAAACGUGUUUUUUAAGAGUACUAAGCAUCAAAACAACACCAUUAACGUCAAAAGCCAUAUUUUGACCUCGUACUAUAUAGUAUCAGAAUAGUACUGUAUAGUACUAGAGGAAAAAUGAACAUGAUUUUCGAAACCAGCACCUUCGAAAUCAUCUAAAUCCAGUAUUUUUCGAAAAUUUUUAAAAAAUUAGUACUUAACAGUACUACUUAAGGAACACUAGUAAUGUUCAGAAAAAAUAAACCCGAUAUUCGAAAUCAGCACCCUCGAAAACCCCUAAAUCGAGUAUUUAUGAAAAAAAAUCAAAAAUUACUACUUUACAGUACUACUUAAGAAAAAAAGUAAGAAUCAAAAAAAAAGAAUGUCAUUUUCGAAAUGAGCACCCUCGAUUAUCCUAAUUUCGACAUUUGCAUCGAAGAAAAAUAAUACUUUUCGGUUUCCCCAAUCGUACUUUUCCCCAAUCGUCUUUUUCCCCAAUCGUCCCUUUCCCCAAUCGUCUUUUUCCCCAAUCGUCCCAGUUCCAAAAUAGUAAGUGUAAUAUGACAAUCUCGUUUACCUUUCGUAUUAAUUUUUUUCUCGUUUUCAGUCCGGCCUGUCCACAAAUUCAGAGGAGGCUCAGGCGCCAUCCGAUGCAUCGACGCCCAUCCGACGGAGAAAUUGGUCGCUUCUGUAGGAAUAGACCGCUUCCUUCUGGUCCAUGAUGUCGAUACGAAACGAACUUUACACAAGAUAUACCUGAAGACUCAAUUGAGCUCAGUACUGUUCUCCAAAGUGAACUCCCUCACAAAUCCGAUCAAAGAUGAGGAGCCAGAGGUGGUCACCAAGUUCUUUGAAGGAUAA